CAUACACGUCGUUAUGUUUUUUUUUUCGAUGUUAGAAAUUCAUUCACGGUCUUGGUGAAAGUUGUCCGUAAAGUAGGUACCUAGUCCCAUAACAUGUAAAUUAAUUAGGCAUAAAUGUUUUUCUCGCUGCGGAAUUCAGUAUUGUUGUGGUCCACGGUGGAAACGCCAAACGGUGCCGUUAUGUUCUGUGUUAAUUACCGUGUCGGUUUAACGCGGUAAAUUGUCCGUCUCGAGUUUUAACUUAUUUUGUCGAUCAAUACCAAGUGAAAUGGAAGACAAAGAGAUAACGUUCAUUUUUCAACUCGGAAUGGUUCGUGACACAAUUUCGUUGAACUCUUCUUUGUUUACUUUAAAAACUCUAAAGGAGGCGGCGUGUGAUUUUGUGAACAUGAAGUGUUCUGAUCACGGACUCACGCGUUUGGCCGAAAGAAUUAUGUUGUUCCGCCACAAUUACAGCUGUGAUCAAAUCCUUGUGCCUGUGCACAACGUCAUAGAUAUAAGCGAUGAUACAAUCAUAGAAAUAGUUUUGUCAGGUCAAUUAUUGUCCGACGAGUAUGAACCCACCAUUAUCAGACCACACACUUUGGCCGUGCAUUCAUAUAAAACUCCUACGUUUUGUGAUUACUGCGGUCAAAUGUUAUUUGGUAUCGUGCGGCAAGGAUUGAAAUGUUCAGGUUGCAAUUUGAAUUAUCACAAGAGGUGUGUUGUGAAACUGCUCAACGAUUGUGGUGGCGGAAAUCGAAAUAAGUAUAAACAAAAAAUGAGCACUUCAAACUCGUGCACAGCACCACGUAGCCCAUCAAGUAUAUCCUUGGCUUCAGCUGUGUCUGAUGAAUCGGUUGCCAGUGGAAAUUUGUUAAACGUUCCAAUGAAAAGUAAAAGUCGAUCGCCUUCUCCUGUGAAAAUCCCGCAUACGUUUGUUAUACACACCUACACAAGACCAACUAUUUGCCAACAUUGUAAGAAAUUGCUCAAAGGAAUUUACAAACAAGGUGUUCAAUGCAAGGAUUGUCAUUAUAACGUUCACAAAAAGUGUAUGGACUUUGUACCAAAAGAUUGUAUAAGCGAGUAUCCAGUUGACAUGAAUGAAAGUGGGGUUGGUAGUGAAUCUGAACAAGAAGGGCCCGGUUGCAAAGGAGACGACGAUGGUGAUAGCGAUGGUGAAAACACACCUUCACCACCUCGCAUCGUGCAAGCCAUGGAGACAUUAACACUGGAAAGUCCUUUCAAUGGUCAAAGUCCUACCAGCCCAGUGGAAACAAUCACAGCCCAUUACACUGAUAAUAUGAUGAACAACGCUCAAGACGGUUCGAAUUUUAUUGGUAGCUCAACUCCUUGUAACAACAUUCCGUUGAUGCGGAUAGUUCAGUCAAUUAAGCAUACAAAGAGACGAGGCGGCUCCAAAGUAAUCAAAGAGGGAUGGCUAGUUCAUUUUACCAACAAAGACAAUCAGAGAAAGGUUCACUAUUGGAGAUUAGACUCUAAGAUGAUCACAUUAUUUGUUAAUGAAAAAACAUCGAAAUACUACAAAGAAAUACCUCUCUCCGAAAUACUAACUGUCGACAGUGCCAAAGCUUCUCGUGGUUCAGGACCAAUGCAUUGUUUUGAACUAAAAACGACCAAUCUUGAUUAUUAUGUUGGCGGCCAAGUACAUAGUCCCAUGGCUGGAAUUAAUGUCGAAGACACUGCUGGCGAUAGUUGCAAAGAAGAAAAGAGUUGGGAGUAUACUGUCCGGCAAGCAUUGAUGCCAGUUUCUUCAAACACUACAAAUUCGCGAUCAGUUAUCGAGGCCAACGAACAACAACAGAACAUUGCCGAUAUGAGUCAAUUAUAUCAAAUAUUCCCAGACGAGGUGUUGGGUUCCGGUCAGUUUGGUAUAGUUUACGGAGGCAAACAUAGGAAGUCUGGCAAAUCUGUAGCUAUCAAGGUCAUUGACAAACUGAGGUUCCCCACCAAACAAGAAGCCGCUCUGAAAAACGAAGUAGCCAUUCUUGGCAAACUGGAACACCCUGGAGUGGUGAAUUUGGAUUGUAUGUUCGAGACUGUGGAGCGGAUCUUUGUUGUAAUGGAAAAACUGAGAGGAGACAUGUUGGAAAUGAUAUUGUCCAGCGAACGUGGUCGGCUAUCGGAGCGCAUCACCAAGUUUUUGAUCACUCAAAUUCUCGUAGCUCUAAAACACUUGCACAGUAAAAACAUAGUUCAUUGUGAUCUAAAGCCCGAGAACGUACUGCUUAGCUCCAACUCUGAUGAUUUUCCACAAGUAAAACUAUGCGAUUUCGGUUUUGCUCGAAUCAUCGGAGAAAAGUCUUUUCGCCGAUCAGUGGUCGGCACUCCUGCUUACCUAGCCCCAGAAGUGUUACGCAACAAAGGAUACAACAGAUCGUUGGACAUGUGGAGUGUCGGAGUGAUAGUGUAUGUCAGCCUGAGCGGAACCUUUCCAUUCAACGAGGAUGAAGAUAUCAACGAUCAAAUACAAAAUGCCGCUUUCAUGUAUCCCAGAAACCCAUGGAAGGAAAUUUCUCACGAUGCCAUUGACCUCAUUGCUAAUUUGUUGCAAGUCAAACAGAGAAAACGAUUUACCGUGGAUAAAUCAUUGGUACACGUAUGGCUGCAGGACUAUCAGACUUGGUGCGAUUUAAGAGAACUAGAAAGGACUACCGGCAGCGGUUUGAGGUAUUUAACACACGAAUCCGAUGAUGCCCGCUGGGAAUCUUACCAGAGACAUUCAAGGUUCUUAUGACCCCGCCAAAUAAAGGAGAACUGAAGUUCCAAUAAACCAAAAUUACAAUAAAAGUAUUAGAUAUUAUACAAUAAGGAUUUUUAUUAUUAUUAUUUUUUUUUACGUUAAAAUGUUUUUGUUUUUUUUUUUUUAUUUGUUUUUUGUGUAAUCAGUGCAAUAAUAUGUGUAUAAGCUGUGUUGAAUAGUGUAUGCGAUUAACGCGCAACAUUUAUUUGUUUAUCUAUUCUGUCUUUUGCUGCAAGUAAUUAAUGUUUUUAAAGUGCCUCGCAAUAACGCUCUGUACUAUAGUAUACUUAAUAGUCAAUCUCUCUAUCAAAUUAGCAUGUGUUGUGUAGUUUUAGUACAGUACUGUUAACCGUUUUUACACUUGCACAUAGUUCUAACUGCCUUAGGAGUAAAUAUUAUUUGACCAUAAUUAUUACGUUUAAACAUCACUAUUUUGAAAGACAGACUAAAUAAUCUAAUAAGAAGGUUAGUCCAAACUAUACUUUGUAGGAGAGUGUGAGAUUUAUGUUUAAUGCGCUUACCAUACUACGUUCCCCGAGAGAAGGCGUCCGGCGGCCAAUCAGAACUACCGCACGGUAGAGGAAACGUGCCUUCGAGACAACAGUGCUACUUGUCGUUUGAAUGCGUCAAGUGGUUAUUCUCUCGGGGAACGGAUUAUAGGGUCUUGAAACAUAAAUUUAAUUUAUUUUAGUUUAUUAUAUAAUAUGUAUAUUAAAAACAGUAUUAAGUAUAACAUUGAAUAAAACACAAAUGGACCAUUGAAAUUUUAUUUUAUUUUUGUUUUAUUCGUUGAUAUUAUUGUUAAGUCUGUUAAUGUUUAUGAAUUUGGUAAAAUAAUACCAACAUAUCCAGUCGAUCAUCAUUCCACGACCCGUUUACUAAACGCAGUAUUAUUAUUAUUAUUAUUUUUUUUUAACUUUAUUCCAUAGUGUUUUAUUUAUGUUUAUCUCUUCCAAAUCUAUGUGUUAAAGCAUUAUUUACCAAUUGUAUUAUUUUAUUAUUAUCAUUAUUAUUAUUAUUAUUAAUUUUUUUAUGAAAUCAAUUUUAUUUUGUAUACAAUUUUUUUUACAAUUUUUUUUUAUAACUCAAAUAAUGUAUUAAACUCAAAAAAAAAAAAUAUUACUCUCGUUAAGUAUUUAGUAUUAAUGUUAUUGUAUUUUAGUCAUAAACCCACAUAAUAAUUAAUAUAAUUAAUUGUAAUUUUUAUCUUCCUCUUAAAUAACUAAAUGUGUUCUAUUGACUAAGUACGUACUUUAGAGUUAGUGUGUCGAAUCUUGAUACAUAUAGCUUUCGUUAGUCAAAAGCAGGCUGGAUAAUUUUUUUUAAAAUCUUAUUGCCAAAUUAAAUUUAACUCUCGCACCAAUAAUAAUUAGUUUUAACUAUGAUACUAGAUUAAGUUUUACUGUAUGCUAGUAUGUAACUGUGUAUUAUGAACAUUUAAAGUGCACUUUCCAUAUUUUUAGAUCCGCGACUAAUUUUAUAACGAGCGGUAUUUUCUUUUUUUGCGAACAACCAAUUUUUUUUAUGACAUUAUAUUACUAUACCAACGACCAAACUAUCGUUAAUAACUUGCUUUGUUACUUGUAAUAAAAAUGUGAUUAUUCUCAAUCGCGACUUUUUCGAUAUUCUUAGCUGUUA